GGAUACUCACCAUCUGUGACCGUCACCAUCUGUCACACCUGUUAACCUUAACCCUUGACCCCCACACAAAUGUAAUUAAUCUGUUAACCCUUGACUUCAACCAACUGUCACACAUUUGGCUCUCACAGGACUCCUUACUGUCUGCCUCCUUUUCCCUUCCUUUUCAUAGUUGAAGGGUCCAUCUGCAUCCAAACUGUGGCGUUGGCUGGGUCUUCUUCAUCAUUCCACAUUCAUCGAAGCUCCACUAGAAAGUUUCAGAAAGUUUAACUACUUUCUCUCCACUUUUUCAGGCAAAUAUAUCAUAGUGAACGGGGGGAACACAUGCAGUUUUUUAUUCUAUUCUAACAGGACAUUUUGUGAGCAGUUCACACUAAUACAUUUUGUAGACAGCACAGCAGUGGGACUUAAUUAAGGUUUGAGUGUUAGAGUUCUUCCAAUUUAUUACUUGCCUAAUUUCUCAAGUGUUUCAGACAUUUUCUCAGGUUCCAAAAUCACCACUCAGCGCAGCAGAAGAAGCAUCCCCUGAGACCAACUUUUCACCAUGGUUGUUCCAGAAUCACCAGACAGGACAUUGUCCCAAAGCAGCCAUUUGGGAACACAUGGCAGUCAGCACUAUGGCUCAGUCCAAUCCGUCUCCCAGCUCUCUGGAAGCCAUUGUGGCUCUCAUGGAAGUUUAUCUCCUGUCAGUGAUGGUUUGGAGGGCGAAUCUCAGGACUGCAGUGAGUCAGACCCUCUGCUCUCUGAUGAGCUUCUGAAUGUGUCCAGAUUCAGCAGAUCCAUGAGAGCAAAGGAUGCACAAGUUUCAAGUGGACCCACAGAAUCGGUGUGCUCCAUGGUGUUACAGAUUCUGGUGCCGUUUGUGCUGGCCGGACUCGGGACGGUUUCUGCUGGGAUGCUGCUUGAUGUUGUGCAGAGCUGGGAUGUUUUCCAGGAGAUCUCAGAGAUCUUGAUUUUGGUCCCGGCUAUUUUAGGUAUGAAAGGGAACCUGGAAAUGACUAUGGCAUCGAGACUGUCCACUGCUGUAAAUGCCAGGAAAACUGAUUCUACCAAAGAAAGGUGGAUGCUGAUAGGUGGAAACCUUGCACUUAAACAGCUCCAAGCCACAGUUUUGGGUCUGUUUGCUUCUCUUAUGGUGACUCUGCUGGGUUGGAUGGCAGAUGGACAGAUGCCCUUCAGCCAUAUAGUACUCCUUUGUUCAACCAGCCUCUCUACUGCCUUUUUGGCAUCACUGCUACAAGGCAUUGUUGUUGUGGGAGUGAUCUUUGGCUCCAAGCGGAUGGGGAUCAAUCCUGAUAAUGUGGCCACGCCCAUAGCAGCCAGUUUUGGCGAUCUAAUUACGCUUUCUUUGUUGGCGUGCUUUAGUCAGUGGUUCUACUCCUUUAUGGAGUUUUAUCCAUAUGUGUUGUACCUGGUGGAUCUUCUGUAUUUGUGUCUGAUUCCUGUCUGGAUGGUGAUCUCCUCCAAACAUCCUGCCAGUCACAUCCUGCUCCGUUCAGGCUGGGAACCAAUCAUUACAGCCAUGGUCAUCAGCAGUAUUGGAGGGCUUAUUCUGGACAAGACUGUGUCAGAUCCAAACUUGAUUGGAAUUGUAGUUUAUGCACCGGUAAUAAAUGGUGUGGGCGGGAACCUGGUGUCCGUACAAGCUAGUCGAAUUUCAACUCAUCUGCAUUUGAAUUGUUCUCCUGGAGAGCUCCCUGUGGGCUCCAGAAGUUGUUUCAACCCCUUUCAAACCUUCUUUGGCUCAGGUGCACACCACCGAUCUGCUCAGGUUCUGCUCCUUUUGGUUCUUCCUGGUCAGCUGAUUUUUGUACACAUUAUUCAUGUGAUAAAAGGAGGCCUAACGCUGCCCAGUCUUCUUUUCACUGUAUUAUUCCUAUCUGCUUCUUUGACACAGGUCUUCUUGCUGCUUAUUGUUGCUGACUGUCUGGUCCACUGUCUGUGGAGGAGGGGCAAAGACCCAGACAGUUACUCCAUACCCUACCUCACAGCCCUGGGAGAUCUUCUGGGAACAGCUCUCCUCUCACUUGCUUUUCUCUUGCUGUGGUGUAUUGGAAACUCAUGAAGUGUAUGGAUUAAAGAUAAUAACCAAACAAUGAGAAGCCCAGGCAAAGACAUAGAACAGCAAAAUCUUCUUAAAACUCAUUGAGGUGAGAAGGAGAAAACAAAGUGUCAGAAAAAUGGUUAGCAGAUGUACUGCAAAGAGAAUGUUUAUUGUUGGGCUAAGAUCUAAACCUAACAGCAAAAAUAGGUUUUAAUUUAUUCUUGAAGAAAGUUUGAUACAUACUUGUCUCUAACUUCUCUGUAGCUUUAGGUGAUAAUCUAUAUUGAACAUUAAACAUUAGUAUUUAAAAUACUAAUAACACUAAUAAGGGAUUUACAGAAGAGCAUUGAUGCUUGUGUUGCUUAACAACCUUCAAGUCCCAAGAUAAAUAAAGGCCUGAGGCCUGGGGCUUUUAUUAUGGGGGUGCAACUACGUACCAGCAGAAAUGCUCUUUCCGGGCGUGCCGUGGUGGCGUAGCGGUUAGAGCGACCCGUAUUUGGAGGCCUUGAGUCCUCGACGCGGCCGUCGCGGGUUCGACUCCCGGACCCGACG